AAGGCAGAAGGCUGGAUUCCUGGCUCUCAGUCACAGGGCAGCUGCUGGUUGUGUGUAAGUGAGGCGCUGGGCAGAGGUGGAAAGGGAAGGGGGCACAGGGGGGCACAGAUCCUCUGCACAGCCGCUGGCAGCCUCCUCUCCGUGCUGUGUACACAGAGCAAAGGUUUCCUCUGUCACCAUGAACAAGGUGAAGAACUUCAAGCGGCGAUUUUCGCUCUCCGUUCCACGAACUGAAACUAUUGAAGAGUCUUUAGCAGAGUUUACAGAGCAGUACAAUCAGAUAAACAGCCAACAUAAUGGACGACUGGGUCACUCCAACCUGCAGAUGGCUCACUUGAGUCCAGGAAGUGCAGCACUAACUCCCACAGAUGUAGAAGGUUUAUCGCCCACAGCACUGACUUAUAGGAAUGCCACCCAUCGUCGUCUCUCCAUGGAGGAUGUCAGUAAAAAGCUGUCUUUACCCAUGGACAUUCGUUUACCUCCAGAAGUUCUUGCAAAACUGCAGAUGGAUAAUACAGAAGAUGAUCCAAAACCUUUGACAAGGAUAUCAAGAAGAGCUUCUUUGUCAGAUAUUGGAUUUGGAAAACUUGAGACAUAUGUAAAGCUGGGUAAACUGGGAGAGGGUACAUAUGCCACUGUAUUUAAAGGACGCAGCAAGCUGACAGGGAACCUGGUGGCUCUUAAAGAGAUCAGACUAGAGCACGAGGAAGGAGCACCAUGCACAGCUAUCAGAGAAGGUAUGAGAGAGGAAGCAGUGUCCCUUUUGAAGAAUCUGAAGCAUGCUAACAUUGUAACACUUCAUGACAUCAUCCACACAAAUUAUUCCUUAACUUUAGUCUUUGAAUAUCUGGAUAGUGAUCUUAAACAAUAUCUGGAUAACUGUGGUAGCUUGAUGUCAAUGUACAACGUUAAGAUAUUUAUGUUUCAACUUCUUCGGGGGUUGUCAUACUGCCACCACAGAAAAGUCCUACAUCGGGAUCUCAAGCCACAGAAUUUAUUAAUUAAUGAAAAAGGAGAACUGAAGCUAGCAGACUUUGGUCUUGCAAGAGCUAAGUCUGUACCCACCAAAACCUAUUCCAAUGAAGUGGUAACAUUAUGGUACCGACCACCAGAUGUCCUCCUGGGAUCAACAGAAUAUGGCACACCUAUCGAUAUGUGGGGAGUUGGCUGUAUUAUGUAUGAAAUGUCCACUGGACGGCCAAUGUUUCCUGGUUCCACAGUGAAGGAGGAACUGCAUUUAGUCUUCAGACUUCUUGGAACACCCACAGAGGAGACGUGGCCUGGAAUUAUUUCUAACAACGAGUUCAAAGCAUAUGGGUUCACACAGUACAGAGCACAACCCUUGAAAAGCCAAAUACCAAGACUUGAUUCUGAGGGGAUCGAUCUUCUAAGCAGCCUAUUGCUGUAUGAAGACAAGACAAGGAUAUCUGCAGAUGAAGGUCUAAGGCAUCCUUAUUUCAAAAGCCUUGGUGAAAGAAUUCACACACUGCAAGAGAAUGUCUCAAUCUUCACUCUUAAAGAAAUCCAGCUUCAGAAAGACCCUGGCUAUCGUGGCUCCAUCUUCAACCAGACAGGACGUGGAAGAAACAGACGACAGAGUAUAUUCUAAAGCAAAUACAUGGCCCCAAUGACUCUCCUCCUUCACUGCCAGAGACUCCUGCAAUUAUGAAAAAAUGUUUGAGUAUUAAAAUCCUAUUAGUUUGCAGAGUCUUGUGCAAAAUGUACUGUACUGUCAGUGUCAACACUAAAUACAGGAAACAAGGGAAAGUAAAGCAAGGGGCCUGCUUGUAUUAUGGCAACUAUCCCCUUCUGAAAACAAUUAAAAAAAUGUAUUUAAUUUAAAUAAUUUAUGCACAUGAGUUAGUAGACUUCAGAGUGUUGAGGUUACUGUGGGGUUCUCUGGUUGCAGAUGUCUUACCACAGGGAAACAUAUUAUAUUACUUGCCUACGCAACCAGAGAAGAGUUCAUUGCAAGAUUCUAGAGUACCCUGAUUUGCAGACAUAUCAUCCUGGCUACUCUGCCACUAUACUGUAUGUUCACUCUCUUUCCAGCUAACUAUAUUGUAGCAUAGUGUAUUUGAUGUGAUUAAAUCUACAGGAAGAUAAUUAUUAUUUUCAUGUUACUAGUCUAUAAAGAAAAUUUUGGUUCACUUGGUGCCAAUUGGUACCUCAUCUAUGCUUUUAUCGACUGCAGCUGCAGUUUCUCUACUAAACGACAGAUUUCUCUUAAUUCCAGCUGUCAUAUCUCUUGAAACCGGUAUCACCCCCCACCCUUGACAUCAGCUCAGUGCACAUGACAGUAUAUUUAUCUUUAUUGCUGUAUGGAAAUUCGGACCAGUAAGAGACAAAAAUGAAUUCUGUCAAUUUCACCAUUAAAAUUGCUGUCAUGAAGUAUUGGCUGAAAUAAUGAGCAAUUUACAGUUUAGUGGAGAACAUUUUUAGAAAUAUAGUCAAAGUGGCUUAGAUGUGUCAUAAUAUAAUCGGUCAGGUAUAGCUUUGUAUUGGUGAUCAUCUACUAAAUUUUUAUGUUUUACAAAAAAAUGUUAUGCAAGCCUUAAUCAAAAUGAAUUUACUUUAUUGCAGAAAAAUGUGAUACUGAGAAACCUCAUUUGGUGCAAAUAGAGUGGAAUAAAAUAUUUGAACAUAAGUUCAUGUAAUAUAAAGUAUAGGGAAUGGGGUUAACGUUAUGUGCCUUGUUUGCUUUCUGCAUACACUGAGAUUCCCCACUCUGAGAUAGUACUACUUUGUUCAUGAAGAUGGGUUUGCACCAAUUAUGCUGCUCUUUCCAUAUGUUUAGGCUGCAGAGGCAAAGAAAGCAUUUAAAACUAAGCCUAAAGAAAAAGUUCACCUAAUGCUAUAGCUAUCUAAAUUGGCAUAGCACGGCACAUAGUCAAUUUGGAAUACUCUCAAUUCUUUGUUAUAAGAAUAAAAAUAUUCUAACAGUCAGCGACACAUGCAUAUGAUUACAGGUCUGCUCAGUAGUCCUUUGCUGUUCUGUGUGUUUGAUAUACCAUAAAAGAUAAAAACUCCACUCUGCUGCUGAUCGAAUACAGCACACCUAGCAUUUGUUAAGGUGAAAACUGAGCUGACAUAUGCAUCAGUACUGCUUUUGCAAUUUUUGUCAAUGUCUGGGCUUUACUGCUGUCUAUUGUACAACAUUAAACUGCUAUCAGUUACCCUGAAACCUAGAUAGUGGGGAACAUACAUCUAAUUUGUUUGGGAGUUUGAGAACUGCUUGUUUACAUGUAAACUGAUCUUCCAAAGCCAGGAAACCUUAAAGAAUGAAUACAAUGUUAUAUUUAGAUUCUAACAGCUUGUGGGCUGUGUGGGGUGCACUUUGCCUCGCCUCUUCUCUCCUCUCGUCUCAUGCAUCCUCUCAUCAAUGCCCAGGACCAGGUGUGGCCACGUUCUUGUGGAAGUUAUCAUUAAGGAGCUGUACACUGUGCCCGUAAGGAAACUUACAAAGCUCCUCUGAGACGUAUCUGUUCCCAUGUCACUACACGCCUUCCCUUGUGAAUGUUGCAUUUAGGAGGGACACCGCUAAGCCUAUGCCCUCUCCACCUCACUACUAGGGACAGAAUGGGAUCCCACCGUGCACCAAGCGCGAACAACAUGCGUACACUUUAUUAACUCCUUCACACUCCCGUUCCAUGCUAGAUGCAUGGGGCCUCCGUACCAUGGGUUCGGUCCCAGUUAUUUUUUGGAGAACUGACCGCUAGGGAGGGAGGCUGAUAACCAACCCCCUCUCUAUCAGAGGACCUGUCACCUGAGCCUGGUACCGCUCCUCGCUGCUUGCCUGCUUUAAAAAAAAACACGCAAGUUAAUGGUUACCCGUGGCAACUACAUUACUUCUGCUCAAUUAACCUUUUGUGGUGACCUUCCUCUUACACCCUAUAACUGCUUAACAAGCCCUGUUAUUCUGAUAGGCCACAUACCACCAUGCCCCCCUUUGAAUAACUUUAAACCAGGCUUAAAACUGUUUAAGAUGCUUUACUGAAGUUCUUGUGGCAUCACAAAUAUGUAGUACAAGAAUCACAGUCUCAUAAAUACCAUUCUCCUAACUAACUAAUCUUGAGCUGCCCAGGCGUAUAUUUACAGUCGUAGUACACAAUUGGCAAAUUCUUUGUAGGUGGUUUCCCUAAGGGUGGUAGUCAAGGAUGUUUCCGGUUUACAUCUUCAUCUUAUCUGGACCAUCUUCUCUUCCCAUGAGGUUCUGCUUUCUCUCUGAGCCUGGCCUUCCCCCUGAUUUAUAUGCUAUACAGGGUGGAGGGCAGAACCCAAAAAGCCCAGGAAAUCGGCAGACCCAGAAUUGACCCUUCCCUACCUGGGCAGCCCAUACUGUCUAACCAGUGGUGACCCACCAACUAGAGACCUACCUAUAAGCUCAUUCACUGUCUAUUCACAGAUUUUUGUUUAGAUCGAUUUUCUCUUUUUAUACAUUUGUUCUUUCUUUCUUCAGAAAUUAGUUUGAUGAUUUCUAUUUCUUACUGAUGUGUUUUUUAAUUACCAAAUAUUUAUAAACGUAAGACAUUAGUGAUACAUUCAUAUUAGGUAUUACACUGGAUGGUUGCAUUCAUCUUGCUUAAAAUAUUUCUGGCCUUCCGAAGUGGUAUAUGCACUUUUAUCAGAGCCAAAUUGUUGAGGUUUAGGUAAAAAAAAAAAGUUAGCUGUUCAUCAGGAUACAAAACAUGAUAUGUUUUAACAAUGAGUUUAACAAACUUAUUGUGAAAUGAUACGAUAUGGCGCCAUAGGGGCUUUGUGACACCGCAUGGUGGUCUUACACCAUGGGAAAAUUCACUCUCUAAUUUCAUUGUAUCUAUUCUUGGAAUCCUGGCAAUAAUGAACUCCAUACAGCUUUUCAUGUUGGUGCUCCAAGUAACAAUGUAUUUGUUAAAGAACCCUUAAAGGCUCAUGCACACAGCUGAGGCCAUAGAACACCCAAAUUAGCAUAUCUGGAAACACCUAGUCUUACUCGCCACCCUCAGUAGAAUAACGCUGAUGUGGGUGGUGUACAGACCUAAUUAACCGUGUGCAUAAGCCCAAAAAAAAGAACUCUGCAUAGAGACUGCGGAUACCAUAUGUGAUAAAUUGGGAACAUUGAAAAUGAUUGACCUUUACCCUUGUAUUGGGGACAAUGAGAAAUUCUGGUCAAAUAUUUGUAACCUAAGUACGUCUAUACAGGUAAUGGAAUACUUGUAUAAAGCAAUCUCUAUUUUUACAGAAGAUGAAUAGAUUAUUUUGUAUGAUGUAUUUAGUUUUGUUAAAUACCAGCCUUCUUGUAUGAGAUGAACCCCACCCUUUGCUGUCAUUUAUUCCAUUCCAUAAAAUACUUUCAGAAUGUAUAAGUAAUGCGACAAAAAGUAACAUCCCUUCACUUUAAUUUCUUUUUUUUUUUACAGAAAUGAUGUCCCCAUUGCUGAAAAAAUGCCUAGCAAUUUUAGCAGUGUCUGUAUAAAGUGAACUUGUGCACACACUAUGCCCAUUAAAGUAUUUACAUAUUAUCAACAAGCAGCAAAGAAGCCUGCAUUCAUGUCUGUAGCUAUAUGCAUUCAUCUACGAAAUUUACAACAGGGACAGAAAAAUCACAGCAUCUUUCCCAUUUACUUUCUGUGGAAGCAGAAUCUUGGCAGCUAGUCAGCAUUCUAAUAUAAUGUAAAUGUAGGCUGUUAGAAACCAACUGAAACCCUACUACAGAUUCUUUUUUGUGAUCUUUAGCUUACUAGAUGAAUUUCUCCACAGUACAAGCAGCUACAGAGGUCAGCAAUGAAGUAUUUUAAAGCUUUUUAUUGCUUGUUAAGAAUUUGUAAAUACAUUAAUGUUCAUAGUCUGCGCACUUUAGGGAUAUAUGACAUUUUAUUAUGUCACUUGCCUUUAUGGGUCUGAGUUGGCACUACUAUAUUUACAGUAACUGUUGGAAAAAAAUGCUUUCAGGGUACAAAAAAAGACCCUGUCAUAAGAGUUUUAUCAUUAAAUUUCGGUCUGUUUUCAGGGAA